CCGGGCCACGCCGAGCGCGCUGGGAAUCUACAGGCAUGGCGGACGGGCCGGUGGCCCAGGCGCUGCUGCGGCGGCUGGAGGCGGCCGAUGGCGGGUUGGAUAGCGCGGAGCUGGCGGCCCAGCUGGGCCUGGAGCACCAGGCGGUGGUGGGGGCCGUGAAGAGCCUGCAGGCGCUGGGCGAGGUCAUCGAGGCUGAGCUGCGCUCCACCAAGCUCUGGGAGCUGACCGCCGAGGGUGAGGAGAUCGCCCGGGAAGGGAGCCAUGAGGCCCGAGUCUUUCACAGCCUCCCCCCGGAGGGCCUGGCCCAGAGCCAGCUCAUGAGCCUGCCAAGUGGCAAAGUGGGCUUCAGUAAGGCCAUGUCCAACAAGUGGAUCCGCGUGGAUAAGAGCAGCGCCGAUGGGCCCAGGGUGUUCCGGGCGGUGGACAGCGUGGAGGAUGAGGUGCAGAGGCGGCUCCAGCAGGUCCGUGCCGGCCAGGCCGAGAAACUGGGCGAGAAGGAACGCAGUGAGCUCAGGAAGAGGAAGCUGCUGGCCGAAGUGACCCUGAAGACCUACUGGGUGAGCAAGGGCAGUGGCUUCUGCACCAGCGUGUCCAAGCAGGAGACGGAGCUGAGCCCCGAGAUGAUCUCCAGCGGCUCCUGGCGGGACCGGCCCUUCAAGCCCUACAACUUCGAGGCCCUGGGCGUCGCCCCGGACAGCGGCCACCUGCACCCCCUCCUCAAGGUGCGCACCCAGUUCCGCCAGAUCUUCCUGGAGAUGGGGUUCACUGAGAUGCCCACGGACAACUACAUUGAGAGCUCUUUCUGGAAUUUCGACGCCCUGUUCCAGCCCCAGCAGCACCCAGCACGGGACCAGCAUGACACCUUCUUCCUGCGAGACCCGGCGGAGGCCCGGCAGCUCCCCAUGGAUUACGUCAGCCGUGUCAAGCGCACCCACUCUCACGGGGGCUAUGGUUCCCAGGGGUACAAGUACCCCUGGAAGCUAGCGGAGGCGAAGAAGAACCUUCUUCGGACACACACCACCUCGGCCAGUGCUCGGGCCCUCUACCGCCUGGCCCAGAAGAAGCCCUUCACACCGGUCAAGUACUUCUCCAUCGACCGAGUCUUCCGGAAUGAGACGUUAGACUCCACGCACUUGGCCGAGUUUCACCAGAUCGAGGGCGUGGUGGCCGACCAUGGGCUCACGCUGGGACACCUCAUGGGCGUACUUCGGGAGUUCUUCACCAAGCUGGGCAUCACCCAGCUGCGCUUCAAGCCUGCCUACAACCCCUACACCGAGCCCAGCAUGGAGGUCUUCAGCUACCACCAAGGCCUGAAGAAGUGGGUGGAGGUCGGGAAUUCAGGGAUCUUCCGGCCCGAGAUGCUGCUGCCUAUGGGGCUUCCUGAGAAUGUGUCGGUCAUCGCCUGGGGCCUGUCCCUGGAGCGCCCCACGAUGAUCAAAUACGGGAUCAACAACAUCCGGGAGCUCGUGGGCCACAAGGUCAACCUGCAGAUGGUGUACGACAGCCCGAUCUGCCGUCUGGACGUGGGCACGGCACCCCUGAGCACCCAGGAAGCUGCCUGACAACCCCCCCCCCCCCCCCGCCACCACCCAGCCCCCCUCGUAUUUAUGAGGCCUCUGUGAGGCCAGCCCACCAGGCUGGGGGUAGGGGGUCAGGGCCAGUAAAUAAUUGAAGCCUCGA